UUGCCGCACACGGUGGAUCAGUUAUUCAACCAGCAAACUUUAAGACUAAUAUACAUCCAGCAUAAAUAAAAAGAAUUUGAUUAUAAAUCGCGCAAAAUGCAUAAACUAUUAAGUGUGUUGCUUCUUUGUACCAUUUUCGGUAAAGUUGUGUUAGACACAGUUGUUUAUAAUGAUUGCGGUUCAGAGUACAACUUAAAUGACGUAGACAUUGAAGGAUGCAACAAGACUAGUUGCAUUUUGCCGAAAGGAAAGUCCGCCAAUAUUAAUAUCAAAUUAUACGGACGAAGUCCGGACAGUCACACGCUUACUCAAAAAGUAUUCCUGAUCUUUAACACCAUUAACGUCCCGCUGACUGUGAUUCCUGGAGAUUUGUGUGCAUCUCAAAUUGAGUGUCCUGUACGUGGCACGGCUAACGCAAGUUUUUCGGCACUCAUGGACUUUUCUACUUUACCUAAUGUUCAAUCGGCAGUUACUUUACACUGGAGAAUUUUCAACGAGAAUAAAGAGCAAAUCAUGUGUUUCAAAGCGAAUGCCAAAUACGAAAACCCCAAAACCAACUAACUUAAGUGCUAUUUAGCAACAAGUACAAUUGUGAAGUCAAUCUCAUUUAUUAGUAUUAAUUGUAAAUUAAUUUAAGAUAAUUAUUGAAAAUUUUAACUCAAACUUAAAUGUAAGUUUAGUUGUAACUAAACUACAACUAAAAUUACAAUAAAUAUUUAAACUUUUAACUUAAAA